AAAAAGCCCACAACACUCUUCGUUUGUGGAACAUGCGCAUUCGUUUUCCAUAGCUUUUUGGGUGUUGAAAGUGAGCAUGCGCAUGAUGGUCCUCUGAAGUUUGAACAGGAUAGAAACGGCUGGUCCUGGGGCUGUCAGUUGGUUCCUCACUUUUUUGAGGAAAUAGGCCUAGUUUGUCAGGCCUCAACAUGUCAAUAGUAACACUGCAACUUGGUCAGUGUGGCAAUCAGAUUGGUUUUGAAGUGUUUGAUGCUUUAUUUAGUGACUCACACUGUCCCCAGAGACUCUGCUCUAAAAGAGAGAAUGAAGCAUAUCAAGCGUCUUGCAAAGAAAGAUUCUUCAGUGAGGAGGAAAAUGGAGUUCCAAUUGCUCGAGCUGUACUUGUUGACAUGGAACCUAAAGUUAUCAAUCAAACAUUACUAAAGGCUGCCCAGUCUGGCCGAUGGAAAUAUGGCCAGCAUUCAGGCUUCUGUCAAAAACAAGGUUCUGGAAACAACUGGGCAUAUGGUUACUCUGUUCAUGGACCCAGGCAUGAAGAACCUAUAUUGAACCUAAUCCAGAAGGAAGCGGAGAAAUGUGACUCUUUGAGUGGUUUUUUCAUCAUAAUGAGUAUGGCUGGGGGUACAGGAUCAGGACUAGGAGCCUUUGUUACACAGAAUUUACAGGAUCAGUACUCCAGCUCUUUGAAAAUGAAUCAGAUUAUAUGGCCUUAUGGAACUGGUGAGGUUAUUGUUCAGAACUACAACUCCAUUUUGACUCUUUCCCACUUGUACCGAUCUUCAGACGCCCUCCUUGUUCAUGAGAAUGAUGCUGUUCAUAAGAUCUGCGCAAAACUGAUGAAUAUCAAGCACAUCUCCUUUAGUGAUAUAAAUCAAGUCCUCGCCCAUCAGCUGGGAAGUGUGUUCCAGCCUACUUAUUCUGCGGAAGGCUCAUUUCACUACAGAAGAAACCCAUUAGGAGACUUAAUGGAGAAUUUAGUUCCCCAUCCUGAAUUCAAGAUGCUGGGUGUUCGUAACAUUCCUCAGAUGUCUGAGAACUCACUGGCAUAUAGCACGUUUACUUGGGCUGGCCUCCUCAAGCAUUUGAGACAGAUGCUUAUUUCUAACGCAAAAAUGGAAGAAGGUAUUGAUUGGCAGGUACGGCCUCCUUUAUCAGGACUUCCUACUCUUGGUAAAACGUCUCUCAACAAGGAGCUUCAUUUUAACACUUCCAUUGCUAACUUACUCAUUCUUCGUGGGAAAGAUGUGCACAGUGCAGAUCUGGGGGGAUUUAAAGAUCCAGCUCUCUAUACUUCCUGGUUAGCGCCUGAUAAUGCUUUCAAUGUGUGGAAAACCCAGCGAGCCUUUAGCAAAUACGAGAAGUCUGCAGCAUUGGUCAGCAAUAGCCAGUUCUUAGUAAAACCACUUGAUGUGAUUGUGGGCAAAGCAUGGAAUAUGUUUGCUUCAAAAGCCUACAUUCAUCAGUACACAAAAUUUGGAAUUGAAGAAGAGGACUUUUUGGACAGUUUCACAUUAUUAGAACAGGUUGUUGCCAGUUACCGCAAUCUCUGAUCUUGAACAAAGGGGGAAAAGUACCUUACAUCAUUUUUGGACAAAAAUAUUUUCAAUACUGCUUUCUCUGUAAGGUUUCAAAUACCAGUCUUUUAAAAGCAACAAAGUAAAAUGUUGAUUCCUUCUACAUACUAUGCCCACAGAACAGGUGGAAAACCUUUUAAAUGGAGAAUAGCAUGUUUUCUGUGAAAACAUCUACUUGGUAUUUUCGUUUGUAAGUAAAAAAAUGGGUGCUUCUAUAAAGAAUUGUGGAGACUUGGCUGACAUGUUGAAACUCUGGAACCAUCCAAAAAAGGGAAUAUUCUGUUUUGUCCCUAUGUUCCUAACUCUUCGCUCUUUAUUCCAAAAAGGAUUCAGUUCACUAAAUAUGAACUAAACUUUCACAGCACAAUUUUAAGCUGAGAAAUUGCAAUUCUGUCUUUAAAUGCAUUCGUCUUUGAAAUGAAUGCUGCGAACCACAAGAGGGAGCUGUUGUUAAUGCUACAGUGAGUGACCAUCUAUUUUGAAUAUUUUAUUCUGUAACAGGUAAGAUUUCCCAUUUUAAGCAGGUAUUUAAAAAUAAAUGUUAGUAUUUUGUUAAUAAAUGUAUAGGUAUUUAGCUGAUGUGGAAGAUGGUUCUACGCUUUUCAAUAAAAGGGGUAAAAGCUUUCACCAAAAUCACUAAGUUGAGAAAAUUAUCACCAAGGAACUACUGUGCUUGAUGAAAUUGGCAUAUACAGAGGGUUUCACCCAGAAGGACAAAACACAUUUGGAAACUGGCAACUGAGUUGAAGGGGAAUGGUGUAUUUCAAUAAAACAUCACAUGCAAUGUAUUAACAAAUGUAAAAUGGGAAACAAAUAGGAACAUUUACCCUUUCUGCCAAAUCUACCAGUGGUGACUUAUUUUUAUUUGGAACAAUGACAGUUCACAGCUUCACUGGUUCUUCCUUUUCUUUCCAUAUGGAAAUGAUUACCUUUUUGCUGUUUUUCUUAUCAACUGUUGCUAUGAUUUAAAAUACUGAACCAUAUCUUAUUUCUAAAGAAUGUAAAAAGGGUCUGUUCAGCUAAAAGUCACGCCUCACUGCUGCAUUUUGUUAACCCAAGUGUACUUGAAAAUAAUUAGAUCAUAAUUUUUACAAAAUAAAGUUAAAAUUGUUUACCAUUGAAGAGAUCCAAAAGCUAAAUAAAGCA